GUGGAGGGUGAUGAGGCGGGUGAGAUCGGCGAGCGGCGGCGGGAUGGGGCCGCGGAGGUCGAGGCGGUGAAAGGCGGAGAUUUUCGACGAGAUCUGGACGGAAAAGGCAUUGCCGGAGAGGUAGACGAGCUUGAGGUGCAGCGGGCGAGGGGGGAGAGGGUGGUGGAGCUGGUCGAGGGAUGCGAAGGCGUCAAUGGGGCAGCGGAGGUUGUGGAAGGGGUGGACGACGGCAGUGACGUGUCGUUGCCGCGUAGUCAGCGGCCAUCCAUGUCGUGCCCCACGAGCAUCGACACACGCAGGGCUGAUUUCAAUAUACAAACAGGGACAUGGAUGUCGUGCCCCCAUGUCAGCGGACUGACGGAGCUGCUCAAGGCUUGGAGUCCUGCGGCCAUCCAAUCGGCACUCGACCACUGCCUACACAACAGACGGGAGAGGCCACCCCAUAAUAGACGUAUCCACGGGCAAAAAGUCCACACCAUUCGAUCCUGGAGCAGGGCACAUUAA